AGAGCGCGCGGUGCCGGGGCCAGAGCGGCGCGCCCCCUCCUCUGCGCCGCGCCCGGAACCUUGGGCGCGCGGAACCUCGGUGCCCGAGCGCGGGAGCGGCGCACUCGGAGAGGGAUGGAGCGGACGCGCGGGCCGCGGGCAGAGGCUGACGCGCCUGAGGAGGAGGAGGCGGGGGCUGCAAUGGCUGCUGUGGUGGUGGCGGCUGCGGGUGGCGCGGGACCUGCAGUCCUGCAGGUGGCUGGCCUCUACCGGGGCUUGUGCGCGGUGCGCAGCCGCGCCCUGGGCCUGGGGCUCGUGUCACCCGCGCAGCUGCGCGUGUUUUCAGUGCGCCGCAGCUCCGGCCCGCCCGAGGGGGGCGCCGACGGCAGCGGAGUAGGGGCUGAGGCCGAGCUCCAGGCCAACCCCUUCUACGACCGCUACCGCGACAAGAUCCAGCAGCUGCGCAGGUCUGACCCAGCUGCUUUUGAGUCCCGCCUGGAGAAACGCAGUGAAUUUCUGAAGCAACCAGUGGGGCAUUCCAGGCAAGGUGAUUUUAUCAAAUGUGUGGAACAGAAGACAGAUGCCUUGGGGAAACAGCCUGUGAGCAGAGGAUUCACUAAGGACAAGAUUUGGCAGCAGUAUUUUGCAGCAAAAGAUACAGUCUACGCAGUUAUUCCUGAAGAAAAGUUUGAUUUGAUCUGGAACCGAGCUCAGUCCUGUCCAACAUUUCUGUGUGCUCUGCCAAGAAGGGAAGGUUAUGAGUUCUUCGUAGGACAAUGGACAGGUACUGAACUCCACUUCACUGCACUUAUAAAUAUUCAGACCCGAGGGGAAGCUGCAGCCAGCCAGCUGAUUUUAUAUCACUAUCCUGAACUUAAGGAAGAAAAAGGCAUAGUGCUGAUGACUGCAGAAAUGGAUUCCACAUUUCUGAAUGUUGCUGAGGCACAGUGCAUCGCCAACCAAGUUCAGCUCUUCUAUGCUACUGACCGGAAAGAGACCUAUGGGUUAGUGGAGACCUUUAACCUCAGACCAAAUGAGUUCAAAUAUAUGUCUGUCAUCGCUGAAUUGGAGCAAAGCGGACUUGGAGCAGAACUGAAAUGUGCCCAGAACCAAAAUAAGACUUAGAAGUGUACAGGUUGGCCCUUUACUAUAGUCCAAAAAAAAAAGAAAAAAAGGACUAUGAAAAAUGAUGGAGAAUGACUUCUAUCUAGCCAUAAAAUGUUGUAGCUUAGCUCUUGCUAGUUGGCUUAGUCCUUGAUAGUCUAGAGCCCACCCACUCCUCAAGAACUUAAGAGCUCAGCAUCUAUAAUGAGCAGUUGGUAAUGAGUUGCCCUAUGUCUUACUGCAAGCAGUCAUGGAGAUGAGCCCUAUUACUUGAUAUUCAGGAAUGAAGAUACCCGAACAUUCUGAUAAUUACCUCAGCAUACUUGAGGUUUCCUUUUUUAAGUGUUUGAAGUUACAACAAAAGACAACCAAGGACAUACAAAACAUCUGACUUAUUUUGCACAGUGUAACAGCGCAGUUGCAUUCUGGCCAUUUUGACCUCAUAGCUCCCAAAUGAUGAGUUUGUCAUCUUUAUAAAAUCGUGACAGGAUAAUAAUAAGCUUGAAGACCUGCUAUAGUUAGAGAUGGGCUUUAAUGCUUCCCAUGCACCAGUCAGUUGGACAAAAGCAUAAGCCAAACAUCCUGUUCACACUGUAGAAUAACCAGAUAUACCCAUCAAGAUUAAGACUUCAUCUAGAUGAUGUCCCCUAGAGAUGCCUUUAGUAUAGCUGGCUUGGGGUAUCAGCCAAUUUCAGAUAUAGUUAGAUAAACAGUACAGGGCCUGCAUACUAUUAAGCCAUAGUUUUUGGCACCCACUUCUCUAACUCCACCUGUUAGAAGCUGUGUGUUUGAAGGAGUGAAUCAGUGCAGUGUAAAUAAAAUGCUUUUGUAAGACGAAGAUUAA